AUGGCAUUGGUAGCAGCCAUCCCCAUCUAUGAACCCUUCUUCCCCAAAGCCCACCCUUACCUCCACCACUCCAACACCAGAAUCAUUUCUUGCAAGAAAAUCACUCCCACAAAUGCUACUAAAACAACAUCCUCAUCACCGUCACCACAACAAACCCUAGCCUCCCCAAAUUUCAAAUUCGAAGAAUACAUGAAAACCAAGGCAAAAAAGGUGAACAAGGCCUUAGACGACGCCGUUCCACUCCAAAACCCGGUAAAGAUCCACGAGGCGAUGCGUUACUCCCUCCUAGCCGGGGGAAAGCGCGUCCGCCCCGUCCUCUGCCUGGCCUCGUGCGAGCUCGUGGGGGGCGACGAGGCCGCAGCCGUCCCCAUGGCCUGCGCCUUAGAAAUGAUCCACACGAUGUCCCUCAUCCACGACGACCUCCCCUGCAUGGACGACGACGACCUCCGCCGCGGCCGCCCCACCAGCCACAAGGCCUUCGGGGAGGAGACCGCCGUCCUGGCCGGGGACGCCCUCCUCUCCCUGGCCUUCGAGCACGUGGCCGCCAAGACAACAAAUGUGGGCCACGAGAGGGUGCUCCGGGCCAUCGCGGAGCUCGGGUCCGCGGUGGGGUCGGAGGGGCUCGUGGCGGGGCAGAUCGUGGAUUUGACGAGCGAAGGGAAGGAGGUGAGUUUGGAUGUGCUGGAGUAUAUCCACGUGCAUAAGACGUCGAAGCUGCUGGAGGCGGCGGUGGUGUGCGGGGCGAUUGUGGGGGGAGGAGAUGGGGAGGAGGUGGAGGCGCUGAGGAGGUAUGCGAGGUGUGUGGGGCUGCUGUUUCAGGUGGUGGAUGAUAUAUUGGAUGUGACCAAGUCGUCGGCGGAGCUGGGGAAGACGGCGGGGAAGGAUUUGGCGACGGAUAAGGCCACCUAUCCGAGGCUCAUGGGGCUCGGUGAGGCGAAGGAAUUCGCCGGGGAGCUGGCGGAGAAGGCCGUGCAAGAGCUCGCCUUUUUUGAUACUUUGAGGGCGGCGCCGCUUCAUCAUUUGGCUCAAUAUAUUGCUUCCCGACAGAAUUAA